AUAUACACUCGCGAUGUCUCCUCGCUCCGUGUCUUUCCCUGGUAGGCAAUUCCAUCGCCGGAAUCUGGUCCGCAUCAGAUUCAGGUGCUGGAUGUUACCGGUGAGGCUGACUCGUUGCCUCCGAGGUAACAGCCUACCAGUGACUCCCCUCGUAUGUGCUCGUAAGGCCGUGUUCCACUCCUCUCGUUUUUGUACUCGUAAGACCGUGGUCCUCUGAUCUCUUUUGCGUUUAUCGGAUAGCUUGUUUACUGGAUUAUCGCCAUUUCAGAAGGGGAAUGUGACUUGACAAGUGGAAAUAUGGGCUUGGGUUACAAGUCUAUUUCAGAGAGAAUGCUUGCAUUUUCCAACGUUUUGGGGCAUGAAAAAUGUGAAAGCUACUUGCUUUUCCGAGGUGAAACUGCCCUUGGGGAUGGCUUCAGAUUAUUCCUGUAUCUUCUUGGUCUUGCCUAUUGUUUCUUAGGAUUAUCAGCUGUGACUGCCCGUUUUUUCCGGUCCAUGGAAAAUGUUGUUAAGCACAAAAAGAAGGUGGUGGAGAUAGAUCCUUUCACAAACACUGAAUUAAUUAGAUAUGAAAAUGUGUGGAACUACACAAUUGCAGACAUUACUUUACUGGCAUUUGGGACAAGUUUCCCCCAAAUCUCUUUGGCCACUAUAGAUGCCAUCCGGAAUAUUGGUCAGCUGUAUGCUGGAGGUUUGGGUCCUGGAACACUUGUUGGUUCUGCUGCAUUUGACCUUUUUCCUAUCCAUGCUGUUUGUGUGGUAGUUCCAAAAGAAGGAACUUUAAAAAAGAUAUCAGAUAUUGGUGUUUGGAUAGUAGAGCUCUUUUGGUCAUUUUGGGCUUACAUUUGGCUGUACAUAAUCUUAGAGGUCUGGACCCCAAAUGUGGUUACCCUGUGGGAGUCCUUAUUGACAGUGUUGCAAUUUGGGUUAUUGCUGAUACAUGCAUAUGCUCAAGACAAACGCUGGCCCUAUUUAUCUCUUCCACUGACAAGAAGUGAGAGACCAGAAGACUGGGUGCCACAAGAGACUGUUUCAUGUAAAAGUAGCAAUAAUGACUGUGAUGAUUACUCUGAGAUACUACAGGGUGGUGAGGAGGAAGAGAGGAACAUUAUUGAUAUAUUCUCUAUCCACUCAAAAGAGUGUAGAGAUUCUAUGUACCAAACUCUGCCAACUAUUGAUGUGGCUGAAACUUCUGGUGGAGGUUUUAUCAAGAAGCACACUGAAGAAGGGCCUAAUAUGCUUUCAGUUUGGAAACACCAGUUCAUUGAUGCACUAAAGUUAGAGAGCACAGAGUCAAGAAAGUUGGACAAUAUAUAUUUACGACUAGCAAGAGUUUCCUGGCAAUUAAUCCUUGUACCAUGGAGAUUUCUAUUUGCUUUUGUGCCUCCUUAUCAUAUCGCUCAUGGAUGGAUUGCCUUCAUCUGCUCUCUGAUUUUCAUUAGUGGAAUAGCUUAUGUUGUUACAAAGAUCACAGAUCUGAUAAGCUGUGUCACAGGAAUAAAUGCUUAUGUUAUAGCAUUUACAGCAUUGGCCAGUGGAACUUCAUGGCCAGAUCUAGUUGCAAGCAAGAUUGCUGCUGAGCGUCAGACAACAGCAGAUUCUGCCAUUGCAAAUAUUACUUGCAGCAAUUCUGUGAAUAUUUAUGUUGGCAUUGGCAUCCCAUGGCUGAUCGACACAGCAUACAACUUCAUUGCAUAUAGGGAACCAUUGCGGGUACAGAAUGCUGAAGGCCUCAGCUUUUCUCUGCUUGUUUUCUUCUUAACUUCAAUAGGUUGUAUUGCAGUUCUUGUGUUUAGGCGCCUUACACUGGGAGCUGAACUUGGAGGGCCAAGGCCAUGGGCCUGGGCAACAUGUGUGUACUUCAUGUUCCUCUGGAUUAUUUUUGUUGUUCUAUCCUCCCUAAAAGUUUCUGGCAUCAUUUGAGUGGCUGGCCAAUAUUUAUUUAUCAUUUAUCAUUUUUUUUGAAAGUCUCUUGUCAAUUUUCAUUCUUUUGUUUCCUUCCAUUAAUACAUAAGUGUAAUUUACUGCAUGUUGUAAUGGUCCCUCCGCUUGGUUAAAGAUCAAGCUAUUUGGUUAAAUGUAAUUGGGAACUAUUGAUUAUCUAUGGUGAAUUAAGGUGUAAUAGUGUGUAGUCCA